CUUUGGAUAGAUUUUGAAGUCUAUUUUUAUAAUUGAGUGGCCACAGUUCGAGAGGAGAGAGCAAUCAUCCAAAAAGCGAUCUGGAGCGAGCAGAGGUCUGUGAACUCGAGCUGUGAAAGUGCUGAGACUGUUUGGUCGAUAUCUCGAGUUUUACAAGUCCAAUUAAGGCGUGUGAGAUACCAAAAGAAAGCUCUCAAGACGAGGAAUCCGUGAAGGUCUGGUUUGCAUCAAUCGGAGUAGAGGAAGGCUUCCAAAUCGUCCGAGCAGAACGCGACCUCGCAGGAACGGAUUUACUCUUCUAAGAAUCGAGUUAGCCGGAAAACACCCGUUCUAGGGGCUGUUUUCGUAUCAACGAUUCGGGGUUGAAAUAGCAACUUGAGGAGGCUGUUUAGCACCCAUUUUCAAGCAAGGAACUAGUUCCCAAUCUUCCUUGGCCGAGGCUUUGGUCAUUGGAUCGAGAAGGAAGGUUUUAAAGCUCAUUUGAGGUUGAGGCUAGAGCUUGCUUCCUGUGCUCGUUGCUCGAGGGAUCAUCUAGGAGGGAAGACUUGAAAUGGACCGUGGUGGCAGGAUUACUAGGAGGAACCCGACGGGCCGUGUACCAGUGGGGACUGGACAGGGCAGUCGAAGGACCUCUAGGGCAUCUAGAGGAGCUGGCCGUGGAGGCCGAUCACAGACCGUGAGUGACGGUCAUGUUGACACAGAAAGUGAAACCUACUGGUCCUAUGAGGACUCGACUUACCAACCGGAAACCGAGCCGGUUGAGACCCCUUACGAAGGGGAUGACGAUGAUGUGAGCGAUGAAGAGGGGGAGAAUGACUCCCUAGCAAGAAUAGAGGCGCUGCUCCAACAAUAUCAACGGGAGCGCGAGGAAAGGAGGGAACGCCGAAGGCGCCGGGGAGGGCGAAUUUCGGGUGAGGCUUCAAGAGGAAGAAGCCAUGGCGAUUCUCGGGCCCACAUUGAACCACAUGGGGGCCGGGGUGAUGGAGGUCCGAUCAUAAGGAUCUCCAAAUACCUCAAGGAGGCACGAGACUUGGGGUGCAAACCCUUCAACGGAGCAGGCGACAUCUCGGUCGCCGCGGAAUGGAUCAAGAGGUUGAACGAGGCAGCCCUUGAUAUGCAACUCACCCCCGAAUUUAAACUAAGGGUGGCGGUGAGAUUGCUUGAAGGGAUGGCGUCCACAUGGUGGGAUGGAGCCAAGGGAAAGUAUGGCAAUACCGUGACUUGGGAGAAUUUCCGACAGGAGUUCUUUGCCCAAUAUUAUUCUGAUUUUGAGGUGAACGCUAAAAGGAGAGAGUAUACCCUCCUGACCCAAGGUGGCAAGAUGACAGUGAGACAACUUGAACAUAAAUUCAGGGAGCUCGCGGAGUUCAUACCGGAGUAUGUCUGUGACGAGAACCGGAUGGUAAAUCACUUCUGGGAUGCCUUAGACCUGGAGGUGCGUGAGAGGGCAACACAGUUGCCUAACAUGACCUUUAGCCAAGUGGUCGAGCAAGGGUUGAAAGGAGAGAAAGAAUGGGAAGAGAGAAAGUUGAAAAACGCCGAAGAGGCGAAGAAGAGAAAGUGGGAGAGCCAUGGACCUCAAGGUCCUAGCAAAAAGGGGAACCAUGGGGGAGGAGGAUCUUUUCGGACACCCCCACUGCCACCUAGGGGAAGCCAUGGCCCGAGCGGGAAAUCACAAGCCUCGGGGGUGACUCGUUGCAAGAAUUGCAAGAGGAACCACCCGGGAAAAUGCCGUGACCCUCCUAGAUGCUACCAAUGCGGGAGCACCGGUCACAUGAAGAUGAGCUGCCCACAACUGGGCGGGACGAGGGCAUCGGGGCCAAGUAGUGGUAAUACCGGGACACGGAAUCAAGCCGGGACUUCACAAGCGUCCAGGGGGCAAGGGGGAGCAAGCGCAAGCAACACGCCGUCCGUAAAUCAAGGAAGGACUCAAGCUAGGGUCUACGCGAUGACGGAGGCGGAUGCUCAAGCUAACCCGGAUUCCGUUGCAGGUAUUACCUUUUGUAUACUUAUGUUUUACCCUUGAUUAGUCCAUAAAUUGAGGUUGCUAGUCGUUGGGAUCAUUGCACGAAGCUUUGGGGUCAAACGGAGCGAAAUCGGGCGAAAGACGGCUGAUUUCCGCCAACGCACACCAGGCUGGACCAUACGCACGGCCGUGCGUUGUCCGUGCGUUGGUCCGUGCGUUGGUGGCAGUAGCAACCCGGGAAGAAAUUGCUAUACGCACGGCCGUGCGUUGUCCGUGCGUUGGUCCGUGCGUUGGUGGCAGUAGCAACCGGGAAGAAAUUGCUAUACGCACGGACGUGCGUUGUCCGUGCGUUGGUCCGUGCGUUGGUGGCAGUAGCUCCGUUUUGAGGUUAUAAGACACGCACGCCGUGCGUACCUCCUAGGCACGCCGUGCGUACCUCCUGGGCAGCCCAAAGUCGACUUUUUCGCGCCGUAUUGCAACGUUAAGACCGGUUCUUGAUCCCAAACACGUGUGUGAACAUAAUAAACCUCUCUAAAUGUAUAGGAAUGAUAGGAAAAAUGUCUUACAUGGUUCAUAAAUGUAGGGACACUAAAGAUUAAUGGGAAGGAUGCGCGAAUCCUUAUCGAUACCGGGGCGCAACGUUCAUUUGUGAAUGAAGCGUUCGCCAAGAUGUUGGGGGUGCAAUCCGCACCAUUGAUGCAAACCUUAGUGGUAUCAACACCACUAGGAGAUGACGUGGAAAGAACUUGUUAUUAUCCAUCUUGUGGGGUGGAGGUUAAUGGUCAAACCUUGACGUGUGACUUCGUACCGCUGGGCAUGAUUGAAUUCGAUGCAAUCCUAGGGAUGGAUUGGCUAGAAAGGAACCAUGCUAGGGUAGAUUGCUACACGAAGGUUCUUGAACUCGAAGGCAAUGAUGGGGAGACCCUAAGCUUCGAGGGCGAUCGAGGGAGAUCAAAUAGCUGUAUCAUAUCCGCCGUGAGGGCGAGAAGUAUGAUGAGAAAGGGAUGUCACGCAUAUCUAGCAUACGUGGUUGACAAAACCAAAGAGGAAACGAUCAUUGAUGAUGUGAGGGUGGUUUGUAAGUAUCCGGAUGUCUUCCCUAAAGACCUACCGGGGCUGCCACCUGACAGGGAGAUUGAAUUUGUGAUCGAGGUCGAGCCGGGUACCAAACCAAUCUCCAUACCGCCAUACCGUAUGGCACCCGCUGAACUUAACGAGUUGAAAACCCAAUUGCAAGAGCUUUUGGAUAACGGUUUCAUUAGACCAAGCCACUCCCCGUGGGGAGCACCAGUUCUUUUUGUGAAAAAGAAAGAUGGGACACUUCGAAUGUGUAUUGACUAUCGUCAACUGAACAAGGUCACAAUCAAGAAUAGGUAUCCUUUGCCUAGAAUUGAUGACUUGUUUGACCAACUACGAGGGGCAACCGUGUUUUCAAAGAUUGAUUUGAGGUCGGGUUACCAUCAAUUGAAGAUUAAGGAAGACGACAUACCAAAGAGUGCUUUUCGCACAAGGUAUGGGCAUUUUGAGUUCCUUGUUAUGUCGUUUGGGUUAACGAACGCCCCAGCGGCAUUCAUGGACUUGAUGAACCGAGUAUUCCAUAAAUACUUGGAUCGAUUCGUGAUUGUGUUCAUAGACGACAUUUUGAUUUACUCAAAGAGUGAGGAAGAGCAUGAAGAGCACUUGAUACUCGUUCUUGAGACACUACGGGAGAAGCAACUUUAUGCCAAAUUUUCUAAAUGUGAAUUUUGGCUAAAGGAAAUUGGCUUUCUCGGGCAUGUGGUUUCGGGAUCGGGAAUUGCUGUUGAUAAUAAGAAGAUAGAGGCCAUUACCGAAUGGGAGAGACCAAAGAAUGUCAAGGAAAUUCGUAGUUUCCUUGGAUUGGCAGGCUAUUACAGAAAGUUCGUGGAAAAGUUCUCGGUUUUGGCGUCACCGUUGACGAAGCUCACUCGAAAGGGAGCUAAGUUUAUAUGGGAUGACAAAUGUGAGAAAGGAUUCAUCGAACUGAAGAAGAGAUUGACCGAGGCACCGAUACUUGCAUUACCCAAACAGGGUGUGGGGUACGAUGUCUAUAGUGACGCGAGCAUCCAAGGGUUUGGGUGUGUGUUGAUGCAGGAAGGGAGGGUAAUUGCCUAUGCUUCACGACAGUUGAAGAAGCAUGAGGUAAAUUAUCCUACCCAUGAUCUGGAGCUGGGAGCAGUGGUGUUUGCACUGAAGAUAUGGAGACAUUAUCUCUACGGGGAGACAUGUCACAUAUACACUGAUCACAAGAGCUUGAAGUACGUGUUUACUCAGAAAGAGUUAAACAUGAGACAGAGACGGUGGAUGGAGCUGAUAAAAGACUACCAUCUAGUGAUAGAGUACCACCCAGGCAAGGCAAACGUGGUGGCAGAUGCUUUGAGCCGGAAGAGCUCGUCUGGGGCAUUGCUAGCUAAUUUAAGGGCAUUAAGAGCCCAACUGGAGGUAUCCAGCGAUGGUGCCUUAUUGGCACGAUUUGAGGUGAGACCUACUUUACUUGAUGAGAUCAAGAAGGGUCAGGAAACCGACGAAGAAAUUAUGAAGAUCCGGGAACGCAUGCAAGCGGGACCGGUGGAGGACUUCAGAGAAAGAGAUGACGGUCUCUUAUUAUUUCGUGACCGAGUGUGUGUACCGGCAGAUGAGGAGCUCCGAAAGUCCAUCUUAGAGGAGGCUCAUUCAUCGGCUUAUGCCAUGCACCCGGGGGGCACGAAAAUGUACCGUGACUUGAAAGAAAGUUACUGGUGGUCUGGAAUGAAGAGGGAAAUAGCCGAGUACAUCAGUCGGUGCCUUACUUGUCAACAAGUUAAGGCGGAACAUCAGCACCCAGCAGGCUUAUUACAGCCACUUUCCAUUCCUGAAUGGAAGUGGGAGCACGUGACUAUGGAUUUCGUGGUAGGUUUACCACGGACAAUCAGGAACUAUGAUGCAGUUUGGGUCGUUGUGGAUAGGCUCACAAAGAGUGCACACUUCUUGCCUAUCAACUCUACCUACCCACUUGAGAGGUUAGCCAAAUUGUAUACGGAUGAGAUCGUGAGGCUGCAUGGGGUCCCAGUGACCAUUGUAUCCGAUAGAGACCCACGAUUCACAUCACGUUUUUGGCCGAAAUUUCAGGAGUCUAUGGGAACGAGGUUGAAGUUCAGUACUGCUUUCCACCCACAGACGGAUGGACAGUCUGAAAGAGUCAUACAGAUCUUGGAAGACAUGCUGAGGGCCUGUGCAUUGGAGUUCCAAGGAAGUUGGGACAACCACUUAGCCCUUGUGGAGUUUGCCUAUAACAAUAGUUAUCAGGCAAGCAUCGGCAUGCCUCCAUACGAGGCAUUGUAUGGGAGGAGGUGUCGUACACCGUUAUGCUGGGACGAGGUUGGCAUGGCCAAACUCGAAGGUACUGAGUUGGUUGAGGUCACCAAAUCAAAGGUGAAAUUGAUUCGAGAGAGACUCAAAGCGGCUCAGGAUAGGCAAAAGAGUUAUGCAGAUAAGCGUCGAAGAACCUUAGAGUUUAAGGUUGAUGACGAGGUAUUCUUGAAAGUUUCUCCUUGGAAAGGAAUCAUUCGAUUUCAAACCCGAGGGAAGCUUAACCCACGGUACAUAGGUCCAUUCAGAAUUAUAGAGAGGAUUGGGGCCGUUGCAUAUCGUCUACAGUUGACUCCUGAGUUAGAGAAGAUACAUAAUGUGUUUCAUGUAUCCAUGCUUAAGAAGUAUGUGCAUGAUCCCUCUCACGUAUUGGAAAAGCCACCUGUAGAGGUACGUGAGGAUUUGAACUACGCUGUUCAACCUAUCAAGGUCACCGAUAGAAAGGUGAAGAAACUGAGAAGCAAGGAAGUCCCAAUGGUUAAAGUCCUGUGGAAGAGCGAUCGGGUCGAAGAAGAGACAUGGGAAACAGAGGCUUUGAUGAGGAAGCAGUAUGCUUUCCUAUUCGAGUAGAGCUGUGAAUUUCGGGGACGAAAUUCCUGUUAAGGGGGGGUGAACUUGUGACACCGCACCCGAAUGUCCUUGGAAAUUUGGUUUGAAUAUUCAAAGCUUAUGUGUUGGAUUUCUGAUUCCCAAACAUUUUGUAAAACGAUCAAUGUUCUACGUAGUGCAUGGUUGAGUAUCGUACUGUUCAAACUCGUACAUUAGUGUCGGGCUUCGCAAAUACUUACUCGGGACUUAUUAAUAAAUAAAAGAGCCCAACAUUAUCUAAAUAAGUGAUCGAAUGAUUAAAGAAGAAUACAAAUGCCUAUAACCCCAUCUUUGGCAUUUUUGAGCUAAAUAACGGGAGUAGGAUUUUCCUUCUAUAAUAUCCAUCAAGUAAAUUAUUGGGAUGAGCCUACACAUAUUGGAGAUCAAUAAUGUGAUUUAGGAAGUUGACUUGUUCUAAAUAAAUUAGGAUGAGUACAAAAAGACAUCUUUUGACAAAGAUAAAACAAUAGGACCCAUUUUCCCCAUUUUUGGAAGUAUUGGUAGAUAAUUUGGAUCCCAAAAUGAUUGGGAUCAAUUGGGAACCACUCCACAUGAUAUUAGUACCUGAAAGACAAAUAAAAAGGGGUUAGGAGACUUACCUUGGCCGGCCAUUAUGGAGGAGAGCUGCACAUGACUUGAUAGGAAUCAAAUGUUGGGCCACCAUCCCUAUUUUUCGCACAAAAUGGUGUGCUGGUUGUCUCCACUCAUUAUGGGAGUUAUACUCGACCAAAUGAGGUGUAUAAGGUGUCUUUGGAUAGAUUUUGAAGUCUAUUUUUAUAAUUGAGUGGCCACAGUUCGAGAGGAGAGAGCAAUCAUCCAAAAAGCGAUCUGGAGCGAGCAGAGGUCUGUGAACUCGAGCUGUGAAAGUGCUGAGACUGUUUGGUCGAUAUCUCGAGUUUUACAAGUCCAAUUAAGGCGUGUGAGAUACCAAAAGAAAGCUCUCAAGACGAGGAAUCCGUGAAGGUCUGGUUUGCAUCAAUCGGAGUAGAGGAAGGCUUCCAAAUCGUCCGAGCAGAACGCGACCUCGCAGGAACGGAUUUACUCUUCUAAGAAUCGAGUUAGCCGGAAAACACCCGUUCUAGGGGCUGUUUUCGUAUCAACGAUUCGGGGUUGAAAUAGCAACUUGAGGAGGCUGUUUAGCACCCAUUUUCAAGCAAGGAACUAGUUCCCAAUCUUCCUUGGCCGAGGCUUUGGUCAUUGGAUCGAGAAGGAAGGUUUUAAAACUCAUUUGAGGUUGAGGCUAGAGCUUGCUUCCUGUGCUCGUUGCUCGAGGGAUCAUCUAGGAGGGAAGACUUGGUUCGUGCUUCCUCCAUUCAGUUUUAAACAUUAAUAAACAUGCUCAUGGAUAUUUUACUUUAGAGCCUGCGUGCUCAUGAAUAGCCCUGUGUGGCCCUUUUGUUUUAAACUGUUUUUCCGCUGCGUUAUGAAUUACUUAUUAUGCUUGUUUAUGGAUGUGUGAUUGAUAUUGAA